CCGUGCACGUGAUCAUGACUAGAUCAACCGGUCACAUCGGAAGGCCGGCCACUCCUCAAUCAUUAUGCAAGAUCAAGCUGUCGUGAAGCGUUGUCUGUAAAGCCGCUUUGGAAACACGGUCGAAGGAAGUUUCAGUAUCCGUUCUCCACACUUUACAGCAAACAUGAGUGGCCAAAUCCCGGUGGUGGAUUUCUCUGCUUACAGCCUGGAUAACAAGAACGUGAACGAAGUAGAACUGCAAGCACUGACAGACGAACUCAUGCACGCCUUCACCACAGUGGGCUUCGUGUACUUGAAGAACACCGGAAUCUCGUCUUCCAAGGUGUAUGAUACCUUUGAUGUCGCCGAUAAAUUCUAUCUGCAACCGGAAACAGUGAAGGAGAAAUAUUCGCGCCCAUUGGACAAGACGGCUGAGCGUCACGGGUGGAUGGCCCUGGAGAGAGAAAAUUUGUCUCUGAUCGGACAGAGUCGCCCUAAUGAUCUAAAAGAAUGCUUCAAUGUCAUGCCUCCACUUUCCGAGGGACAGACGUGGCCGGCAGAGGUCCCAGAGUUUGAACCAGUCAUGAUGGACUUCUUCAACUCAUGUCAUGAGCUCGCCAUGCGCCUGUUGGAGAUUAUAGGCCGCGGUCUGGCCAUAAAGGAUGUCGACAGUUUCUUGGGCAAGUUUAAGAACGUCGGAAAGGGUGGCAACGGCACCAACCUCCGAUCACUCCGCUACCCUCCCGUUCCUGAAGUCGUGAAAGAGAACCAGGUCCGGUGUGGAGAACAUACUGACUUCGGUUGUCUUUCUCUGCUGUUUCAGGACAACCCCGGACUGGAGGUGGUGAAUCUUGAAGGAGAGUAUGUUCCGGCCAGGCCGAUACCGGACACCACCCUGGUCAACAUUGCGGACACCUUGCAGAGAUGGUCAGCCGACAAACUCAAGUCAACUCGGCACCGUGUGGUGAUGCCGGACAGUGAGGAGGAGAGGAGGCGUGUGCGCCGCUCCCUGGCCUUCUUCUGCCACUGUGACAGUGACGCGGAGCUGAGAUGUCUGGAUGGGUCCGACAAGUACCAGUCUCUCCUGGCGAGGGAGUACAUCAAUGAGAGAAUCAACGCCACCUACCUAUCAGGGUAGCUCACCUCGUCAAGCGGCUGCCAUUUGCAUCCCGGCACACGUCACCACAGCAACGGCUUAGGCUAACGUAACAUUUCCAAAUCGAGGCCCGGCCGGGAUGUUUGUAGAAACGAAAAAUAGAAAUGUGUACGUAACAAUAUACACAAAUGAUACCCACGACUAUUCUACUAACGUCUUGUGUAGUUUGGUGUAUUUUAUAUCAUACUUUUCGUUCCCGAAAGCUGCCCGGCUAGGCCCCGGUUUAGAAAUGUGACGUAGGCUUUACGUAUAACCACUGCAUGGAAAAAUACUAGUAUUACCGUCGACUCAGAUAUAUUUUCUUUGAUAUGACAGGAAACGGUGAUGUCAACUGAGCAUUAAUCGAAUUCCAUAGGAAAUAGAAUCAAUCAUGGUCGUAUAAUGGUACAAAGUAGUAAAUGUCUAGAAGCGUUACAUAACGAUAUGAUAACGCCAAUUUCUAUUCAAGCUUUAAUUAAUUAGACGUUAGCUUUAGCUUUCAAGCUUUUGGCUUUAGCUAUCUAAAUGCUUCAACCGAGGCUCAUGACUUUACAGACUAUUAUAAUUAUAGCAAUUUUCUAUUUAUUCCACUUUGGGAAGUAUGCAUCGUGGUAUAAAUCGUAUAUCAUAUAAAAGCACAACAUGCAUCCCAAUUUGACACUUUGUGCCUUGAUUAAGAAAUCUGUUGUUCUAUCUGAAAUACUGUGUAUCUGCAAACGAUAUUGUCAACAUUAGGUACUAUUAAACCAGGUGGGCAAUGUA